GCAAUGGCUCCGCUCUAUCACGGCUCCUGUUUAUGCAAGGAAAUUGAGUUUGAAGUGGCGGCCGAGCCGAUCAUUGUAUCAUGCUGCCACUGCAAGAAUUGUAAGAAAUAUACCGGGACCGUCUUCACCACAAAUGUCGUGUUCGCGGCUAAUAAUUCGAUAAGGAUUACGAAAGGCGAGAACCUUGUCAGCGCCUUCAAGGACACUGUUCAAGACUCUGGUAAUUCGCUAUCUCGCAAAUUCUGCAGCCUCUGCGGUUCACCGCUGUACAACACUGGCGGUGACUUCGGACGCACACUCGCUGUAUUCUACAGUGCAUUGGAUGACUUCAAUGUGGUUGGAGAUGAUGGAAUCGCGAAGGAGGCUAAGCCUCAAGUGGAGUAUUAUUCGAAAGUUAGGACAUCCUGGGUGCGUUCUGUCGAGGGAGCUGAGCAGCCGAAGACAAAGCCCGGAAGGGAUUAGUUUGCUGACUUAACUGAAUAAAGUUUCGUAAUUGCGAAUACUGCUAGGCAGGUUGACCAGAUUGGGCAGUAGAAGCGAGCUCAUGUUCGUAGCAAAUAAAUUC